UCUUCGGAUUAAAUUUUAUGAUUAAACGCUUUUUCAAAAUAGUGAUGCGGUCUUGGGUUGUGUCAGCCGGACUCCGUCGCAUAUCCUGAUAGACCCGUCGUUCUGUUUGCUUACACUCAGCCACGAUACGAGUGCUUUGCGAAUGAAAGACAAUGACUGAUGUAAAUUAUUGUAUUUUCAACAAGAUCUCGAGAUAAGAUAAACAUUUCAAUCGGAUUUCAAUCGUACGAGAGGAAAUCUAAUACUUCAACAGGGCAAGGUAUGGUAUUUUGAAAAUGUUACUCCAAAAUUCGUCGGUUUUGUCGAGCGAAAAGCUGCAGUCAGUUGCGACUGAACUACCAAAACCGUCAGAGUGAUUCCAAGACUCCUUGUUCCAUCAUGACGCUGGCAGAGGCUGACAGUUACCACACCUGGGGGGAUGGAAAGAUGGUAGUUCUUGCUUACACCACCAUUAUCACUAUCGGAGGACUUCUUGGAAACACUUUGGUCAUAUUUCUCUUCAUCAACUACAAAUCUCUACGAACGGUCACGAAUAAUUUCAUCAUCAACUUAGCUGCAUGUAAUUUAGCUUUGGCCAUGUUAGAGUUGGUUUUUUCACUUCCAGCACUCUUCGCUUCCGACUGGGUCUUUGGCGAGGUCUUGGCCGCUCUGUAUGCAUUCAGUUACUUUCUACUGGUCAGUGUUUCCAUGGUGAUGCUUGCUGUGAUCGCAAUCGAUCGAUAUCACGUGAUAUCUCGCCCCAAGGGUCGGGCGCCCAUCUCUGGAACAAAAUCUUUACUGGUCAUUCUUGUUGUAUACGUCUACACGCUUGCAAUUGCAUCACCUGUCUUGUAUGCGCCCACAGGCCUCAAAGUGAAAAUGUACAUCAGCGGUUGCUACGUCGACUUCACUCCUUCGUCUAACUUCGGAAGCGGUUCGUAUUCCAUCGUGAUAUUGACAUUACUCUACAUCGUUCCAUUAGUAACUAUGGUCCACUACUAUUGGAAGAUCUUCAUGGUCUUGCAAAAUCGUCGGCAGGGUUCGGUGAGUGGUCGGGGAAAGCUCGGGAACGGCCGGUCGUCGGAGGACACCACGCGCGUCAAAUCCGGCAAAGACAACACGCGUGUAAAAACGCGUGUAACGUCAUUCGAGGACAACACGCGUGUAAGGCCCGCGAGUACAUACACAAUGCGAAACACACCGGUAAAAACGCUUCGUGUUAUUGUGAUGCUCGUGGCUUUCUUCCUCGUGACCUGGACCCCCUUUAUGAUAUGUACAUUGUGCCGUGCGUUUAAUAGACGAGAAAUAUUCAACGACAAAGCGAAAGAAAUCAUAAUACUGCUUACGAAGUCAGUAAUAAUUAUUAACCCAGUGGCGUAUGCUAUGGUAAACCAUCGCUUUCAAAAAUGCGUCGCGAAGCUAUUUUGCGGUGCGCAGGUCAUAAUUGGCGCCACCACGUGCACGGAGAACUCCAUAGACUUUCAUUUUUCGAGAAACGCGCGUGGGUCCGCGCACGAAUGUCACAGAAGCUCGCGUGGGUCCGCGCAAGAAUCCCGCAAGUCGAGGUUCCCCUCGCGGCUGUCGCGUCUCUCAUCAACACCGGAUGUUUUCAUCUCGGAGUCUUUUACCCCGGCGAGACAGUCCACCCUACGGCAUUCGUACAGCGAUAGUCAGUUGGAAAAGCAUGCGUGUAUCGAGGGGUCAAUAGGAGAGGCAGAAGAAGAGCAUCGAUGUCGCAGAAACACAGACAGAGAUAAAUUCUUGAAACUGGGUAUCGACGACACAAAGAAAACAUCAAGAAAUUGGGAUAUUUACGUAACAUCUUUUUGAAAGAAAAUAGAAAAUUUCAGAGUCUAGUGUAAUAUAAAUGUUAUAGUCUCUUUGUUAGGUAUUGGAGGUUUCUUGGAAAGAAAUAUAUCUUUUCCAAACAUUUUCUUGUUGCGAGAAUUAUGUUCCUUGGUUUGUCUACAGAGUCUGGUAACAAAA